GGCUGGGCUGCGAGCCGCCCGUGGGAUUGGCCCUGCCUGCAACCAGCGGGCGGGCUGGAGGCAGGACUGUGUCCCCGCGCCCAGCCCUCUCUGCUGCUGAGAGUGCAGCAGAGGCGGCGAGGAGGGCUCGAGCGAGGCAGUGGCUUCCGCGACGACCGGAGAGGGCAAGACUACACCUGUUGAAUUUUUGCUGUGGAUGCAGCUAGGAAAGGCCCACAGCCUGGGUAAGGGGGAAAAAGUGGAUACCAUACAUCCAACUUGGCUCUAAUAUCCUGUAUCCAGAAGGCUAACAUGCUGCCCGAGAAAGACCCUAAAAAGCUGGGGGAGAAAGACCCCAAAGAAAAUCCAUCAGUCACUCUCUUCCGGGAAUAUCUGAGAAUCAAGACGGUCCAACCUGAGCCUGAUUAUGACACAGCAGUAAAAUUUCUGGAGAGAAUAGCUUCUGAGCUUGGCCUACAGUGUCAGAAAGUGGAGGUCUGCCCUGGCCGUGUGAUCACCAUUUUGACCUGGAAAGGCACAAACCCACAGCUCAGCUCCAUCUUGCUGAAUUCCCAUACAGAUGUUGUGCCAGUGUUUGAGGAAUAUUGGCGCUAUGAUCCCUUUUCAGCCUUCAAGGACUCUGAGGGAAAUAUCUAUGCACGUGGAGCCCAAGAUAUGAAAUGUGUCUCUAUCCAGUACAUAGAGGCCAUCCGGAGACUAAAAGCUGAAGGGAAACACUUUCCACGAACAAUUCAUAUGAGCUUCGUCCCAGAUGAAGAGAUCGGGGGCCACAAGGGGAUGGAAAUGUUUGUGAAGAGACCUGAGUUUGCCACACUUAAUGUUGGCUUUGCCUUGGAUGAAGGUCUGGCGAAUCCAACAGACAAUUUCACUGUAUUCUAUGGCGAGAAAUGCCCAUGGUGGAUUAAAGUGAAGGUAGAAGGGAAUCCAGGACAUGGAUCCAGAUUCAUUGAGAACACAGCUGCUGAAAAGAUGCACAGAGUGAUCACUUCCCUCCUAGAGUUCCGAGAACGUGAAAAACAAAGGCUGAAAUCAGAAAAGCACCUUACUUUAGGUGAUGUAACCUCCCUCAACCUGACCAUGUUGAAUGGGGGCAUCUCCUUCAAUGUGGUCCCCUCUGAGAUGUCCGCUGCCUUUGACAUCCGCAUCCCACCCACAGUGGAUUUAAAGGCGUUUGAAGAGCAGCUCACAGCGUGGUGCCGGGCAGCUGGCGAAGGUGUUACCUAUGAAUUCCACCAGAAAUACACGGAUCAGUCGGUGACCUCCACAGAGGAAUCUGACCCCUGGUGGAAGGCGUUCAGUAGCACCUGCAGGGACAUGAACAUGAAGGUGAAGUGUGAGAUCUUCCCUGCUGCCACAGACAGCCGCUAUAUCAGAGCAGCAGGCCACCCGGCGAUUGGCUUCUCCCCCAUGAACCGCACACCCGUGCUGCUGCAUGACCACAAUGAGUUCUUGAAUGAGCAGGUCUUCCUUCGUGGGAUUGACAUCUAUGCCCACCUCAUCCAUGCACUGGCCAAUGUCCCUCCUCUGCAAGCAGAAGCCUGAGGGAGGGAUAAGCAGAUAGCAGCAGUCUGAGGGAAAGAGAAACCAAAGAGAGACACAGGAGCUGGAAGUGUGUGUUGCUUCCUAUCGUGACACAGGACCCUGCCAGGAGGACACAGGUCUUGGAAGUUGUGAUUGAGGACUGAUAGCUUGUUGUGGUCUGCUGGUAUGCCAAGACAGACUGUGGGAUGCCAGCGUAUCCCUGAGGGACACAAGGAACAAACCAUGCUAGAAGCAGAAACCAGAUUACCUAAAGCAGGGUUCUGUAGGUGUCAGUGACUGCUUCUCGGCUCCUUACUGAAGCACUUAAAGACCCUUGUCUCCACACAAUCCCUAUAAGAAGACCACCUUUCCCAGUCUCUCUCAUCAGUACCUAUCCAUUUGGAGGAUAAAAGGAUAAUCUUCAUGGCUCCUCAAGCACCAGGUUUGAAGGACCGAGGUUCCCACCCCCAAAGUGUCUUGGGAUGCAUAGCAAAGCGUUAUUGCCCUCCCAAUGGCCCCUUCCAUCCUACUCUUCCCUUUCUCCAGUGCUGCACCCUUCUGCCAAGGGAUUCCCAUAUGAAAAAAGCAUCCCUUUCCCAUCUGCCAAACCCAAGAGCAAAGCAACUGAAGAAGCAAGGGAAGUCCUAACCUCUGUGCAUAAUUGAGUUUCCCCAGGAAGUUUGCUUCUUUUGGGCUGCUGUUGACGCCUGGCUGCUCUUUGUUAUGAGGCAUGCCCAGCUCUACUGUUCUAGAACAAUUCCAUGCUGUAUGACACUGGGCAAAUCACCUUUUCCCUCUUUGUAUCUCAUGUUCCCUUCUUGUAGAGGGUCACGAAUGAUGGCCCUGGUCCUUUGCCACAUGUGAUUCUCCAGUGGAAAGUGAUGAUUCUGAAGAGAAGAUGACGGGGAACCUAAGAUACUAAACGAUCCAGAGUAAAGAGAAGAAGCAGGUUUGGAGGGGGAGAUAGCAAAUAAUAUGGCCUGCUUCUGCAACCCUCAUUGGAAUGGAGAUCUCCAUGAAUUUGUACUCAACACCAGCGGUGCUAACUGCAGCAUGCUGCCUUAAUUUUUCUAUUGAACUGAAGUCUUAACAAAUCACUGUUGAUGAAACAGAUGAGAACUGAAUGAAGGAGGCUUGGUCAAUGGGACAGCCAUCUCUUCCCCCUAAGAAUGCCUGUGGGAACAACACUAUGUCAUGAUAUACCAUUGUCCCCAUGGGGGCAUUCUGUCCCAAAUUACAAAGAGAUGCCACCAGGCUGCUAAGGGCAGCCAGAUAAGGUAGUUUUAAAAGGAGAAGGACUUGGGCACUUCAUCUUUGAUGGUAAGCCCCCUGCCCCCCUCCGAAAGUUUUUAGAAUUUGUCUGCCCCCUGAAAGUUGCUGAUAACCUCCCUUUUACAGGGGAUGAAUUGUCCUGCAAAAGUGGCAUUCUACCCAGCUUUAAAUCAAAUUCUUCAUUUGGAUUAGAAAGUGAGGCUGCUCUUCAGAGCUUCAAUGUUGUACCCCCCUAUCAUUUCUCUUGGGUUGGUGUUUUUUUUUAAUAUAUAGAAAAAACAACUUCUUGUGAAUAUUUUCAUAUACAAAGCCAUUCCUCAUCUAUAGAUACAUGAUCAAAUCUGCACUAUUUUAAAUAUUGAAUUACUUCAUCUGGAUUAAGGUCUAGCUAGCAUAUUCUCUAUAAACUGCACUCACAAUUACUAGCAUUAUACAUCAACAUGUAUUUAGGGAAUGGGGGGGAAUUACUCUAUGUUCUCUCUAUUAGCCAUAUGUGGCUUGAGCACUCGAUUGGGGAAAGUCAUGACACUUCAAUUUGAAAUAGAUAAACAAAAGUUCAUCCACUUAAGUUCAGUGGGAAAACAUGGGCUCCACAGUAAGUCUUGUGUCCAAAAAUCUUAAAAGCCAGGGAAAACAUAUAAACCAGGCUAUUUUAAAAAGCCUACAAAAUGUUGCUGAUUUUUACACCACAAUUCAAUGCAUGUUUACUUAGAAGUUUGACUCAUUAUGUUCAGCAGAGUUUAAACCCUGGUAAAUGUGCAUAGGAUUGUAGCCUUAAAAUCAAUGUGUGGAAAUGUGAGUUCUAGAAGCUGAAUAAGUUAUCUUUGUGAGUGAUCUAUAAUAGCAGUCUCCUGAUAAGACUCUCUUUGGGGAAAGUGGGAACUAGAGGUUUGUCUGCAUCAACAAACCUAUGUUUAGAAUUGCUUUGUUCAACCUUAUUUGCCAGCUUUUGUACUGCUCCUUCUCUCAAGUGCAUUUAGCCAAAAAAAGAGGAAGACCAGCUUCCUGUUUGAAUUUCAGCAGGUCAAACCCUUUGGAAUUCGAGGUGCCACAUCCCAUCGCCUGUAAAUUUACUUGUCACGAUGCUGCCUGUAUAUGGAUCGGAAAGCCUUAGUUAAUGGCAUGGACUGCAGAGUGCCCUUAGUCAGUUCUGAUCCAUGAAUUGCAGGUGCAGCCAGAGAAGAUGCUUCUAAUGGAGAAGGGGAGGAAAGGCUGAUGUGGAUCAUUGUUGUAUUCCUCCUUCCUUUCAUUGGUACACAGGGUUUAUAAACUUAACAAUUCUGGCAUCCUUGAUUUCAAAGGGCACAAUCAACCAGCAAUUUCUCUUAUGCAAGCUCCAUUAAACAUCCUGGUGGCUUGUGAUCAUCUCCCUACUACCAAGUGACACAACUUUUCACAGGUAGAACCUCCAAAAUCUGCAUAGCUUUGAGCACGUGAAAUCUCUGUAUCUUCGGUACACAUUAAUAUAUGUACUUCAGCCCAAACAAAUAUCUAAAGUUGCAAGGCAUGGCCAUGGAGAUCAUUAACCCUAUCUUUUCAUCCUGAGCAUUUCCAUCUUCCACAUGUAGACUGUAUCCAUAGGUUUAUCUGUUUGGCAGGUCUGACUGUUUAACAACCAACUCCUCGUCCUCUGUAGUUUUAUUUUCUCUGAUUUGCUUGCUGUCUAAAUGGAGAAACCGGUUUGUUCAGACUUAGAAAUGCGAUAUGACUUACAACUUGCUUACGGUAUCCAGUGUCGAAAGGAAAGGAAUAUAUGAACAUGAUUUUAAGAGGAAAAUAUAAUUAAGAUAUUAAAGUAUAUUUAGAUUUCUAAAACUGAAAAUGUGCUAACUUCAUCAACUUGGGGAAGAAGAUACAUUGA